CCCGAAAAAGCUUUAAAAAAGACGAAAAAAGCUCUCUGUUUCUCUCUCCCACACCUAAAGGGUGACGGAAAGAGAGAGAGAGGGAGGGUAAGGGGCGGAAAGGCUGCAAACCCUAGCGCCGGGGCGAAGCAACGGCAGGCGUCAGGCAGGCGCGCACGCGCAUUUGCGAUUCCUUUCCCUUCACGCCGCGGCAACGCCACCCCGUCCGCCCGCGGCUCAUUCAUUGUGCCGCGCUCGCGCCUGGGCCCCGUGAUCCAUGGCAUUGGCGGCUCGGGGCUGGUAGGCUCUCGCGUGGUGGGCGCUGAAUAGAUCCGGCUCCGGGCGCUGCGGCAUGGCGCUCUUCCGCAAGUUCUUCUACCGCAAGCCGCCCGACGGGCUCCUCGAGAUCACCGAGCGCGUCUACGUGUUUGAUUCUUGCUUCACAACUGAUGUCUUCGAUGAUGAUAAGUACCAAGGCUACAUUGGUGACAUUGUUGCACAACUUCGUAGCCACUUUGCUGAUGCUUCAUUUAUGGUCUUCAACUUUCGGGACGGAGAAAGUCAAAGUUUACUGGCGAAUAUCUUAUCAAGCUAUGAUAUGAUAGUUAUGGACUAUCCAAGACAUUACGAGGGAUGCCCACUCCUUACAAUAGAAAUGAUUCACCAUUUCUUGAGGUCAGGGGAGAGUUGGCUCUCCUUGGGCCAGCAAAAUGUCUUGAUAAUGCAUUGUGAGCAUGGUGGCUGGCCUGUACUUGCAUUCAUGUUAGCAGGACUGCUGUUGUAUAGAAAGCAGUUCAUUGGUGAGCAGAGGACAUUGGAGAUGAUUUACAGGCAAGCACCUCGUGAACUGGUUCAGUUGCUCUCACCACUAAAUCCUAUGCCUUCUCAGAUAAGAUACUUACAUUAUAUAUCUCGGAGGAACGUGAGCUCAGAGUGGCCGCCACAGGAUCGAGCACUUACUUUAGACUGUGUGAUACUAAGAAACAUUCCAGGUGUUAAUGCGGAGGGUGGAUGUAGACCAAUAUUCCGUAUUUAUGGACAGGAUCCUCUACUUGCUACAAGUAACAUCCCUAAAGUGCUCUUUUCAACACCGAAAAGGAGCAAAUAUGUUCGGCUUUACAAGAAGGCAGACUGUGAAUUGAUUAAGAUUGACAUCCACUGCCAUAUUCAAGGUGAUGUUGUCCUUGAAUGCAUUAGCCUUGAUGCUGAUCAAGAACGAGAAGAGAUGAUGUUCCGAGUCAUGUUCAGUACAGCCUUUAUCCGAUCUAACAUUCUGAUGUUAAAUCGUGAUGAAAUUGACAUAUUGUGGGAUGCCAAAGAUCGAUUCCCAAAGGAAUUCAGGGCUGAGGUUCUUUUUUCAGAAAUGGACACUGCAAAUCAGUUAGAUCCCAUGGAAGUGGCAGGUAUAGGAGAAAAGGAGGGCCUACCAGUUGAAGCAUUUGCAAAGGUUCAAGAGAUGUUCAGCAAUGUGGACUGGCUAGAUCCGACAGGGGAUGCUGCAGUCCAGCUUUUCCAGCGACUUACUUCAUCAGAAAAUAUACAGCUGAGGCAAGGGUUAUUGUCUCCAAGUAAGAAAGAAGCAGAGUCAUUAGAGCUUGGUUCGAUCUCUCCAACCGACAAACAAUCUGGCAAUGUCCAACAAAAAUCAAGCAACAUUGAAUACUCUACAGUCUAUGUGAACAAACUGGAAAGUGUUGGUGGACAGAGAUUGACCCCGUUGGAGCCGGGAACAGAUUCUCAAGUCAAAACUGGAAUUUCUGUUGUCGAAGAAAAGCUAGGCUCUCUGGUUCAUAAGGUUGACAUCAGUACCGAGCAGCCAACUUCACUGGAAAUGGUUGUUCCCUCUACCAUGAACUCUAUUGAACCAGUUCUGAAGACUCAAAAUGCUAAGCUUGAUGAGCAAUAUGGUUCAGGACAACGCUCUUCACCCACUACUAUUGUGUCACAGCGAUUUCCAAUUUCUAGUUCGUGUUCUGCUCUUUCUGGCAACUCUAGUCCUAGAUCACUUUCAGCUUGCCCAAGAUUUCAUAGCGCACCUUCAGCCCUUGGAAUUACGGCUCUUUUGGAAGAUCAUGCUGCAUUUAGAGGCUCUGAAAAUUGUGCUUCAACCGUAACCUCAACCACAGUAUCAAAUCUUUCAACUGGUGUGGUCAAAAUUACAUCGAAACUACCAUCAGGACAGCAUCCAACAACAGGUACUACUGUUGUAACAAAGGGUACACCACCACCUCCUUCACCAUCAACACCAGCUUUACUGGUGCCAUUGGAUGCCAUUAUGAUGUCUGAGGCAAAAAACUCGUCUCAACCUGCUCUUAAGCAUUCAGGCCUUCCAUCUCCUCCACAAAAACAAUCUACAUUUCAAUCACAUGGAACUAGUACACAGUCCACGGACCAUCAGGAGUCCACAAUUAACAUUGCAAUAGAGUCAUUACCAACUUCUCCCACCCCACCUCCACCUCCACUGCCCAUCAUAUCAUCACCUUCCACUUCUGCUAAUAUUUGUCAUCUGCCUCCAGAUUCCAUGCCUGUCACUUCUUCAACGUCAUUCAAGCCUCCAAUACCAGCUGCACCACCACCGCCGCUACCCCCACCUCCAUCCUCACCUAGGCCUUUUCCUAUUAGGUCUCAUGCACCGCCACCGCCGCCACCUCCACCUCCUGCUCCUACUUCAUCCCCUGUUAGACUGUCUGGGCGACCUCCAUCCCCACUUCCCCCACCUCCACCUAGGUACUGUCCCAGUAGACCUCCUGCACCACCACUGCCCCCACUACUCGCUUCUACAUUAUCUCCCGUUAGACCUGGUGCACCACCUCCGCCUCCAUUUGCUUCUACUUCAUCUCCUGCUGCCCUACCACCACCUCCACUGACUUCAUCUCCCAUUAGAUCUUCAGCCCCACCUCCACCUCCACCACCUGGAACUACUUCCACUCCGCCUCCACCCGCACCUCCCUGCUAUUCAUCAAAACAAUCAUCUAGCCCCAUGGGCAAAUUGAUGCCAUUACCUCCUGCUCCUCCUCCACCCCAUGCUCCAAGCAUCUCAAAGGAUGCCAACUCUCAUGGAGGUGGAUGCCAAGGAGCUUCUGGCAACAUUGUACCCCCGCCAGCACCUCCUGGUGGUAAUGCUAAACUGUUUGGUUCUAAGGGGCGUGGACCUGCACCUCCUUCAGGUCCAAUGUCAAAGGGCCUUCAAUCUGGUCAGAUUGCGUCCAGAAGGUCCAAUUUGAAGCCACUGCAUUGGGUGAAAGUAACAAGAGCAAUGCAGGGUAGUCUCUGGGCGGAGUCACAAAAAGCUGACGAAACUUUAAAAGCCCCAGUGUUCGAUAUGUCAGAACUAGAAAAUCUUUUCUCAGCUGUACUGCCAAGUUCAGAUGCUAGGUGUUCAGAUAAGUCAGGAAGCCGUGCUUCUGGACCGAAAUCUGAGAAAAUUCAUCUGAUUGAUCUUCGCCGGUCUAACAAUUGCGGAAUCAUGCUUACGAAAGUCAAAAUGCCCCUGCCUGACCUAAUGAGUGCAAUUCUUGCUCUGGAUGAUACUGUCCUGGAUGUUGAUCAGGUGGACAACCUUAUUAAAUUCACUCCAACUAAAGAAGAAAUCGAACUUCUAAAGGGUUACAAAGGAGAUAAGCAAUUACUUGGAGAAUGCGAGAAGUUUUUCAUGGAGCUUAUGAAAGUACCACGUGUAGAUUCUAAGCUGAGAGUUUUCUCAUUUAAGAUUCAAUUCCGUUCUCAGGUUUCUGACCUGAAGCGGAACCUGAACAUUGUUAAUUCUUCUGCAGAAGAGAUAAGGGGUUCAGUCAAGUUGAAAAGGAUUAUGCAGACAAUUCUUUCUCUGGGAAAUGCAUUGAACCAAGGCACCGCCAGAGGUUCUGCUGUUGGGUUCAGGUUGGAUAGCUUGCUCAAACUAAGCGACACUCGUGCACGUAACAAGAAGAUGACUUUAAUGCAUUAUUUAUCCAAGGUGCUUUCUGAGAAACUUCCGGAACUUCUUGAUUUUCCUAAAGACCUGGCUAGCUUAGAGUUGGCGGCAAAGAUACAAUUGAAGUCUUUAGCAGAGGAAAUGCAGGCCAUAAACAAAGGACUCGAAAAAGUUGAGCAAGAACUUACCACGUCUGAAAAUGAUGGUCCUGUGUCAGAAAUCUUUCGCAAGACACUGAAGGAUUUUCUCAUUGGUGCCGAAGCUGAAGUUAGGGCAUUGACUUCACUUUAUUCUAAUGUGGGCCGGAAUGCAGAUGCAUUAGCACUUUAUUUUGGAGAAGACCCAACGCGAUGUCCAUUUGAGCAAGUGGUCACAACACUCCAGAACUUUGUGAGAUUAUUCAUGCGUUCUCAUGAGGAGAAUUGUAAACAACUGGACCUUGAAAAGAAGAAAGCUCAGAAGGAAGCAGAAGAUAAUUGUAAACAACUGGAUCUUGAAAAGAAUAAAGCUCAGAAGGAAGCAGAAGAGAAUUGUAGACAACUGGAUCUUGAAAAGAAGAAUGCUCAGAAGGAAGCAGAAAAGAAAUGUAGACAACUGGAUCUUGAAAAGAAGAAAGCUCAGAAGGAAGCAGAAGAGAAGUGUAAACAACUGGAUCUUGAAAAGAAGAACGCGCAUAAGGAAGCAGAAACGGAGAAAACUAAGAAGGAAUCAGAAAAUGAGAAAGCUUCCAAGAAAGAAUCAGAAAAUGAUAAAGCUUCUAAGAUGGAACCAGCAAAUGACAAAGCUAAGCUUAACAAUUCAAUCAAAGAGCUAGAUAUAUCACUUCAAUCACCAGCACAAACUGCCAGUGCCAAAUGAUGACCUUACCAGUUGAACUAACGACAGCAGUAGCUUUUCCUAAAAAAGAGGAAAACUGGCUCUGCCUGCUCCCUACAAUGCUCUCCCUCUUGUCAGAAUUAUGCUGGAUAUGUUGCGCAGGGUAGUAUAGAUCUUGCAUUGGAGUAAAACUAGCCGCAACAAGGAAGCCACAAAGUGCACUGUUGUAUUUCUAGGGGAUUGUUGAAGAAGUGACCCUGGCGACAAGCUGUACAGAUCUAACAUAAUAAUAGUUCCUCUUUUGGGUAAUAGAUUAUCCUUACAAUUUUGUUUAUCUUCUUAUUACAUGUAUGUAAUGUUUUGCCUAUGCAAAAAUAAGGUUACCAAUUGAAUGAUUGCUGAUGUAUGUCUAGGUAAUUUGGCAUUUGUAGUUUUUGAUGUAAAAAUAAAGUUCCUUUGUUGCAGAA